UGAGGUGCUGCUGUGGCGGCGGCCGCGGGGCAGAGCGGGCGGGCUGAGGGGAGGAGGGCGGCGACGGGCGAGCGGCUAGCGGCGCGGGACGCAGAGCCUUUGCACUUUUCCCACCCGAGUGUCCCCUCCAUUUCCCGGCCCCCCCCACACUCCACACACCCUGUCUGCCCGUGAGCCUGGGGAACUUGCAGCUUAAAGCCAGCCACCCCCACGGCAGCAUGUACCCCAGCAACAAGAAGAAAAAGGUGUGGAGAGAGGAGAAAGAACGUUUGCUGAAGAUGACCUUAGAGGAGAGACGCAAAGAAUACACAAGGGACUAUGUUCCUCUGAGCACCAUCGUGUCAUGGAAGGAGGAGAUGAGGAGCAAGGGCCAAAAUGAUGAAGAAAAUACUCAGGAAACACCACAAAUGAAGAAAAGUUUGAGUGAAAAGGUUUCUCUCUAUAGGGGUGACAUCACCUUGCUAGAGGUGGACGCAAUAGUCAAUGCGGCAAAUGCCAGUCUUCUUGGAGGAGGAGGUGUGGAUGGCUGCAUCCAUAGAGCGGCUGGUCCCUGUUUGUUAGCUGAGUGUCGGACCCUGAAUGGAUGUGAGACUGGACACGCAAAAAUCACAUGCGGCUAUGACCUCCCUGCAAAGUAUGUCAUCCACACUGUAGGGCCAAUAGCCAGAGGCCACAUUAAUGGUUCCCACAAGGAAGACCUUGCAAAUUGCUAUCAAUCAUCCUUGAAGCUGGUGAAAGAGAAUAAUCUCCGAUCAGUUGCAUUUCCCUGCAUCUCAACAGGCAUUUACGGUUUUCCAAAUGAACCUGCUGCAGUCAUUGCCCUAGACACGAUUAAGGAAUGGCUGGCCAAGAAUCACCAGGAGGUGGACCGAAUCAUCUUCUGUGUCUUCCUAGAAGUUGACUUCAAGAUCUACAAGAAGAAGAUGAGCGAGUUCUUCCCCGUUGAUGAUAACAAUGAGGGAGCAGCUGAUGUUGACAUGAAAGAAGAUGCAGAAGGGCUUGAGCCUAAAGGCCUUUCCCCGCCUCACAAGAAGAGCAAAGCAAAGAAACCAGAAAGUUCAAAGGACUCCAGUGAAGAUGAGAGUGGUCCAGAGGAAAAGCCAACUGCGGGAGAAACGGAAGGGCAGAGCCAAGAAGCAGGUGGGCUCAGGUUUCUUUUGAGGAGUCUCCUAGGCCUCAUCCACAGAGAUGGUGCCAACACGGCCCCUGUGCCCAGUCCUGCUUCGGAAGACACAGUUGAAGUCCGUCAGGAUGAAGCAGAUUCUGCAAAGGAUGACGACACUAUAAAAGACAGCGAUGUGGCCAAUCAUGCAGUGUGCGAGCAAGAACUUCACAAUGCACAAGAGAAUGACUCAACAAAGAGUGAAGAAAGAACUGAGUCCCCAAGCUCAUCUAUGGAGACAGAAGAGCUUCCAUCAAACCAAGAAGAUGCCACGAUUGUGGAGCAACCGGAAGUGAUUCCCCUGAUGGAUGAUGACCAAGAAGAGCAGGAAGGUGGAGAAGCUCAAGGCGAGGAUGCAUCUUCUGUGUUUGCAAAAAGCCAAGGUUCCAGUGACACAGAAACCACUACAGGUCCUGAUGUUGAAAUGAACAGCCAGGAUGACAAUGUAAAUGAGCCAACAGCGUGUCAGCAAGAAGAUUUCCAAUAGGGCCACAAGAUGAAGCUGAAGCAAAGGAACAAAGAACUGAAGCUAAAUGACAACCCUCAGCAUCGCAAGGCCUGGCCCUGGGGGACUUGGGAAAAAGAUAGUGUGUGCUGUGGAAGAGGGUGGGGGAGGGGGGAGGCGAGUCCGAAGAAGGAAGGGUCCUUUGCUCUAACACUCCAGCUGCAUUUUGUUUUGUUUACCUACAGAAAAGAAAACAGGAAAAAAUUAAAAAGGAAGGAAGAAAGAAAAAGGAAUAAGAAAGCAAUCUCCCUCCACUUGUGAGAGGCCCCAUGCUAAGGCAAACUUUCAGGCGUUCCGUCCCUUUCAUUUCUGUCUUUUCUCCAUGCCUCACCCUAGGGUUGGUGAUCGGGAUAAGACUCACCUGUGUCUCCUGGUCCCUAUCUGUUUUCUUGGUUACCUCACAAAGCUGGUCAUAGAGUGAUUUCUCCCAAGGGGGGAGGGGGAUAAAGGAAGGUGAUUGACAAGCUUCAGGCUAAACUUUAAGAAUCACCAAGCUCAAAAUUGGUAAAAUCUACAGACAGAGGAGGAAGGAUAGAAAAUGGACAGAAGCCUCGAAGAACACCUUGAAAAGGUCUGAAUGAGGGGGUCAAAAUGUUUUAAUCGGGGUUUAAUGAAGAAGGUGGGGCCUAGCAGCCACCAGGGUCUUCACCUCCACACCCAGGAUGUCUUGUGCAUUCCCUUUUGAGGCUAAUUUUGAGCACAACUUCUUUGGUUUAUGAGGUCUUCACGGUGUGCUUCCAUAUAGAGCCCAUCACUGAGAUGUGCUUCUUCAUAUGCAAUGGGAAAGGGUAUUACUAUCAUCGAAACCUAAUAGAUGCACUUGCUCCAUUUUAGGACCCAAACAAACCUAUUAAAUAAUAAUUUCAGUUUCCAAAGUUCCUCAUGAAAUCUCUACUUUUCAUAAAAGAAUAUCCAUGUUGAGCCAAGGUCUGUUAGCCCACAGAGGUUCACACUUGAAGUUAGCAGUCCUAGGAGCCAUUGCUUCCAGUCCUGGCUUACCUGUCUGCUCAUGCCAAGUUCAAGGAUGAUUUGAUGAAUCAUCCACUCAUCCAAAAGGUAGUUAGAGCUAUUAACAACUUAAGAAGUCAGUGGAAUAGAGUUAGCUCAAGCAAUGAAGACCAGAGGAGGCCAGGCAUCAUCCCGACUCUCUGUCCCAGAACAUACGGAAGUUCUCCCGCUACCUCCCUGGGUUCCAAAGACAUGGUAGUAUCUUUUGCACAUCACCUUAACUUGCCAAUGCUUUAGACUUUGGAUGUUUAUAUUGCUAUUCUUAACAGAAGGGGGAUGGGAAGUGGGAACCAACAAAAUCUAAAGUCAAUAGUGAGACUUUAUAAAUGUCUCAUCCAGCUCUCUAGUUUUGUCCUUUCCUGUGGAAAACUCACCUUAUCUUCCUAUGACCAGUUUUGGCUGUUCUGAAUUAAUUGCCUCUUCCAGAUAACAUAUUUUGUAUAAUAGAAUAAGUAGCAAAUCAUACAUCUGCAUAUGUUACCUUUUAACAUCUCUAAUUUUCAUUAAAGCAAUUCAUCAUAGCAACAAGGCUAUUUCAGCAAUUUCAUGAUGCUACCCCAUGGCCUCUCUUCCUUCUACAGUUCGACAUGAAAGCACACACCUCUCCAUUACACACUGUUUUCUAGAACAAUACUUUCUCUAAAUAAUUGAAGAAAGGAUGCCAUUCAGAUAUUGAUAGCUUCAAUGUUUCUUGCCAUCUUCCUAGCUAUUUUACAAGCACCCAUCAUUUUUAGGACAUGCCUGACAAAAGAACCAAGCUGGGAGGGGGGUUCCCCAGAACUCCCAGGGGAAGUACUGCUGGGACUCCUUAGGGGGCUAUAGUGGACAGCAGGCUUCUAAAUGGACAAAGGCGAAAGAGGGACUGAAGUGAUCGAGCCCUCCUUUCUCUUUAUUACCAAUGGCAGCCAUUUGAUGCACUCAUAUUGCAUGGGUUAAGAAAUCGGAGGAGAGAGUCCUAUGAAAACUGCAGAAAAAGGAAAGUACUCUUCGUAUCUAGGACACAGAGAGGGGGGAGUUCCACUCCUGCAUUUGCUUAGACUUCUUUUUAUGAAUUAGACAUUUUCAUUUUUGCUUUGCCGUAGAUUUUUGGUUGCUCUGUGGCUGAAUGAUUGUAUGCUUUAAAAUAAAUAAUGCAGUUAAUUUACACUUCAAUAAUGAAAUAUUAAAAUUUUAGCUCUGGGCCAGCCUGAAGACAUCACAAACGAGGAAACCCGUUGCCUGCUGGCCCUGUCACUGCACAGCCUGUGCAAUGCAGUUCAUGUGGGAAGUGGACCAAUUCUUCCACACAUGAAUUCCAGAGGGCCGUUUCCGAUUACACUUCAGCCAGGCCACACGACAUGAAGGGCAGUGGGAGGAUGGGAGGAAAGUAGCCCUGUUAUUAGUCAUGUUUGCACACAGACGGUUGAAGUAGGCCUUCGACAUAAGGGUCCUAAUUAAAAAGGUACUCGCUGCAGGCUAGACAAAGGGGCUUUUCCUCUUGCUGGUAACUAUUCAGAUGAUGGACAAGUCUUCUUUGAUAAAAGCUUACAAAGAAGACAUCCGAAGCCCUGUCUAUGACACCGGGUCACAUAUUAAUCACUGCAGCUAAUUGUAAAUCUUCCUAUGAAACUCUGAAAAGCCUCUUUGUGAAUUAGUCCAGUUCUGCUUGACGCACUUGGUUUGCAAAGACAUUUCUCUGUAUGUGGUGCAUGUCGGCUGUGCUUUGAACAACAACAAAGUUAGCAGAAUACGCUCAAUAUAUUUUCUCGGGAAAUAGGGUUUUUAAUCAUAUGACUCAUUAAGGAUUUGCCUUACCUUGACAUUUGUGAUAUAAAGGAAAAUCAGGAGAAAAGUACUUUUCUUGAGCAAGAUAUGUUUUUACUUAACGCGAAUCCAUGUAGUCUGUUGCUUGCAAGGAAAAAAAAAAACAAUUGUCUUCUGGUAAUAAUAGGGUACCACGUGCCUCUUUUGUUAAGCCAGUCUUGACAUGCUGGACAGCUUGAGUCUGUUUGUCUGUUCUCAUCUGAUCCACACACUAUGACACUUAAAUGACUGUUGCCUUCAAACUAUAUUUGUUAGAGCAGAGUGCAAAUAAAC